UCUCUCUCUCUGCCCCAACACUCGACUGAUGUCCGACAGCUGACCCGUUCCGUCACUCCACGGACUAGGCAGGGAAGUACCAAAGUUAUCCAAUAAACAUACAAAUGCGAUGCAAUUAACGAAGGACUCGGCGGAAAAGUAGGAGUUUACAGUUAUAUCCUAGGGGAAAAGUAGGAGUUUACAGUUAUAUCCUAGGGGAAAAGCGCAGGAUUCUGAAUGAUAUGAGUUUGAUGGUUCCAAUGGAGCACAGGACGCAGAAGUUAAUGAGUUCGCCCAAGGGCUUCGUGGCUGUGUUCGAGAUACGCAGAACUCGUCCAAUACUUGUUCUACUAGUGCUGUUGUUGGUAGGGUUGGAUGAGGUCGGAGGACUCCGGACGUGUAGGAGGAAAACGGAAGCUGGUGGGCGGUCUGUGGAGUCCCUGAGCUCUGUGAAGCAUCAUCCCGUGAUGGGAGCGGCACUCAGCCGCUCCAGACGCUACGCCAUCAACCCACUGGGACACAAGUGGAGGCAUUUCAACCUCACCUACAAGAUCGUGAAGUUUCCCAACACGCUGAACAAAGAUGACACCCGCCAGGCCAUCAGCAUUGCGUUCUCCAAGUGGAGCGACGUGUCCCCUCUCUACUUCGCCGAAAUCAAAAACCCCAACAAGAGUGCUGACAUUAUCAUCGGCUUCUACACGUGGAACCACACAGACUGCUGGUGGUCUCCAUUGCAUCCCUGUUUUGAUGGACUAAACGGGGAGUUGGCCCAUGCCUUCCUACCCCCACGCGGGGAGAUCCACUUUGACAAUCAUGAGUUCUGGAUCCUGGGGAAGUCCCGCUUCAGCUGGAAACAAGGUGUGUGGUUAAAUGACCUGGUACAGGUGGCGGCUCAUGAGAUUGGGCACGCCCUGGGGCUGUGGCACUCCCGUGAUCCCCAGGCCCUGAUGCACCCCAAUGCCACCUACACAGGCCAGAGGAACAUUGCCCAGGACGACAUCUGGGGAAUCCAGCGCCUCUAUGGAUGCACAGACAAGAAGCGCGUGUGUGAUCCAUGGGCUCGCCUUGGCUUCUGUGAAAGGAGGAAGAGCUUCAUGAAGAAACACUGUGCCCGACGAUGUGAUCUCUGCUACGAGCCUCUUGAGGCCGUUACCACGCUAAGUCCACCGCCUGCCAACGUCAAGAUCAAGAUAGUUCCUCGUGGAAAGGUUGUGGGCUUCCGCUGUGGGACGAAGAAUCCUAGAUCGCCUCCCAAAGUCAGUUGGUACAAGGAUGGAGAGCAGCUCGUGAUCUCUAUCCCCGGCUACAUCACCAUGAAGGACCGCGACCUCCGCGUCGUCGCCAACGAGUUUAACGAGGGCACUUAUACCUGUCGCGUCAAUCGUGGCGGCAACGUGGUCUCCGCAAACUCCUGGGUCAUCCGCCUGAACAGCCCUCCAACAGCUGAGCUGAAUGAAGAGAGUGAGGGAAGAAUGAGAGCUGGGAAGGAAAGAAUGAGGCAUGGAGGAAGAGAGGACGAACCCACCGCAACAAUAUUAUAGUAUUGGAGUGACUGCAAUGUUGAUCUUCCCCCCCCCAUCCGAACCAAGAAACUAUUCUACAAUCACCAUGGUCUCACCGUGACAUCACCUUCGUCUGGGUGAUGUGAUAAAUCAUUCACAGCUUAAUUAUUAACUUGACCAUGCUUAAAGGACCCUCCCCUAAUCUGUACCUGCCUACAAAUGUAUUAAUGAAAUGUUCUGAAAGCUCCAGGGUAGCUUUGAGGUUAACUCUUUGCUUGAAAUCCAUUAACUGAAGGACCUUACAAAGAUGGGUAUUUAUUCUAAAAUAAAUACGUAUUUAUAUUGUAAGCAAAUAUUGUUGCACACGGAGAUGCCACAGCAAAGGGGGUGGAUACGUAUGCAUUCAAGCAGAAGUUAAUUUUAGAACUGUCUAGAUUUUGUCUCACUUAAAAUGUGGUGUAGGAUGUGCAGAUCAGUGAAAAAUGCCAAUGUUAUUCAUUUUAAUAUUUAAGGCAACAUGUAAAAACUGCAAUUGAAGUGAGUACUAUUGCCUGUUUUUCUACCAUGUUAAAUUGUUUGGUAUAUAUUUUCCCUCCUGUGUAACAAGGAAUGGUUGCCAGAACUGUAUAUGCACCACCAUCACCUAAGAAAUAUGCAACAACACAUUGCCAAACAUAAAUAUACAGUGGUCUAAGUGAUUUUACUUCAAAAUUGAGUAUUUUUCUUUGUUCAUAUUUAUUUUAGUCCUGUUAUAACAGAUAGUAGUCAACAGGUUGACAGUUCAUGACAAGACAGACAUUUCCUUUGCCGAUUAAAGGGCAGAGAAACAAUGAGGACAUUUAAAAACAGGAGGAUGCUGUGUUGGCCCUCAUAAGCCUGCCACUGGAAUGCAAACAUUUUGGUGACCAGCAAAAACACAAAUGUAAGCAGUAACGAGCUGCUUUUACACACACAACGCAUUCAGAAAGUAUUCCGACCCCUUGACUUUUUCCACUUUGUUACGUUACAGCCUUAUUCUAAAAUUGAAAAAAUUGUUUUUACUCAUCAAUUUA